GGUGAGGUGCGGAGUGAUCCGGCCGCUGGAGUGAGCGGCCCCGGGCUGAGGCAGAGAAGGGAGGCGAGCCCGCCGGGGCGCCAUCCCAGCCGGGGCACUGCGCCUGCGCUGCCUCCCCCUCUCCUCCCCUCCUCCUCCUCCUCCCUGCUGCUGUGUGGGGUGUAGCGGCGCCUGUACUGCUGUUGCCGCCGGCCCCUGCCCCGCGCCCCUGCCCCGGGCAGCUUGCCCUCAGCCAUGGCUCAGAUACUGCCCAUUCGCUUCCAGGAGCAUUUCCAGCUCCAAAAUUUGGGCAUUAACCCAGCAAACAUUGGAUUCAGCACUCUAACAAUGGAAUCUGACAAGUUCAUCUGCAUCAGGGAGAAAGUGGGAGAGCAGGCACAAGUAGUGAUAAUUGACAUGAGCGAUCCAACAACACCCAUCAGACGUCCAAUUUCUGCCGAAAGUGCCAUCAUGAAUCCAGCCUCUAAAGUAAUUGCACUAAAAGCUGGGAAAACACUUCAGAUCUUUAACAUUGAGAUGAAAAGUAAAAUGAAAGCCCACACAAUGGCAGAGGAAGUGAUCUUCUGGAAAUGGAUAUCUGUGAAUACAGUUGCAUUGGUAACGGAGACAGCAGUCUACCACUGGAGCAUGGAGGGAGAAUCACAACCCCAAAAGAUGUUUGACAGGCAUGCUAGUCUUGCAGGCUGCCAAAUCAUCAAUUACAGAACAGAUGAACACCAAAAAUGGCUGCUACUGAUAGGAAUUUCAGCACAGCAAAAUCGUGUGGUUGGUGCAAUGCAGCUGUAUUCAGUUGAUAGAAAAGUCUCCCAACCUAUAGAGGGCCAUGCAGCAGCUUUUGCAGAAUUCAAAAUAGAGGGAAAUGCCAAACCUUCUACCCUCUUCUGUUUUGCUGUGAGGAGUCCUGCAGGGGGCAAGCUACACAUAAUUGAAGUAGGUCAGCCAGCUACUGGAAAUCAGCCAUUUGUUAAGAAAGCUGUUGAUGUGUUUUUCCCACCUGAGGCACAGACAGACUUUCCUGUGGCAAUGCAGAUUGGAAUUAAGCAUGGUGUUAUCUACCUGAUCACAAAGUAUGGAUAUAUUCACAUGUAUGACUUGGAGUCUGGAGUGUGCAUCUACAUGAACCGUAUUAGUGCUGAUACUAUCUUUGUCACAGCUCCUCAUGAACCUACCUCAGGCAUUAUUGGUGUGAACAAAAAAGGACAGGUGCUUUCUGUAUGUGUUGAGGAAGACAACAUAGUGAACUACGCUACGAAUGUUCUGCAGAAUCCUGACUUGGGACUGCGUAUGGCUAUACGUAGUAAUCUAGCUGGGGCAGAGGAAUUAUUUGCCAGAAAGUUCAACACACUGUUUGCUCAAGGAAACUAUGCAGAUGCUGCUAAAGUAGCUGCAUCUGCACCAAAGGGAAUUCUACGUACCGGUGAUACAAUCAGGAAGUUCCAGAGUGUACCAGCUCAGCCUGGGCAGGCCUCUCCUCUGCUGCAGUACUUUGGAAUAUUGCUUGACCAGGGACAGCUGAACAAGUUUGAGUCUCUGGAGCUCUGCCGCCCUGUCCUACAGCAGGGCCGCAAGCAGCUUCUGGAGAAGUGGCUGAAGGAAGACAAGCUGGAGUGCUCAGAGGAGCUGGGAGACUUGGUGAAGACAGCUGACCCAACCCUUGCACUCAGUGUCUAUCUUCGUGCUAAUGUGCCAAACAAAGUGAUUCAGUGCUUUGCUGAAACUGGUCAAUUCCAGAAAAUAGUGCUGUAUGCUAAAAAGGUUGGCUAUACCCCAGACUGGAUCUUCUUACUGAGAAGUGUGAUGAGAGUCAGUCCAGAGCAAGGCCUGCAGUUCUCUCAGAUGCUGGUACAGGAUGAGGAGCCACUGGCUAACAUUAACCAGAUUGUGGAUGUGUUCAUGGAGAACAGUCUUAUUCAGCAGUGCACAUCCUUUCUGUUGGAUGCCCUGAAAAAUAACCGCCCUGCAGAAGGCCACCUUCAGACUCGUCUCCUGGAAAUGAAUUUGAUUCAUGCCCCUCAGGUUGCAGAUGCCAUUCUUGGAAACCAAAUGUUUACACACUAUGAUCGUGCUCAUAUUGCCCAGUUAUGUGAAAAAGCAGGUUUGCUCCAGCGAGCUUUGGAACACUACACUGAUCUCUAUGAUAUUAAACGUGCUGUUGUUCAUACUCAUCUCUUGAAUCCUGAGUGGCUUGUGAACUUCUUUGGCUCUCUCUCAGUUGAAGACUCUGUGGAGUGUUUACGUGCCAUGCUGUCAGCCAACAUUAGGCAAAACCUACAACUCUGCGUGCAAGUUGCUUCUAAAUACCAUGAGCAGCUUGGUACCCAGUCUCUUGUGGAGCUUUUUGAAUCUUUCAAAAGCUAUGAAGGACUGUUCUAUUUCUUGGGUUCCAUUGUAAACUUCAGCCAGGAUCCUGAUGUUCACUUCAAGUACAUCCAGGCAGCUUGCAAAACUGGUCAGAUAAAGGAAGUGGAAAGAAUCUGCCGUGAAAGUAACUGCUAUAACCCGGAACGGGUGAAGAACUUUCUGAAGGAGGCAAAGCUUACAGACCAGCUUCCUCUGAUCAUUGUCUGUGAUCGAUUUGACUUUGUUCAUGACCUGGUGCUCUACUUAUAUCGCAAUAACCUGCAGAAGUAUAUAGAGAUUUAUGUACAGAAGGUGAAUCCUAGCCGUAUACCAGCAGUGGUUGGAGGGCUUCUUGAUGUGGAUUGUUCUGAAGAUGUCAUUAAGAACUUGAUCAUGGUGGUUAGAGGCCAGUUCUCAACAGAUGAGCUGGUGGCUGAAGUGGAAAAAAGAAAUCGGCUUAAGUUGCUGUUGCCAUGGCUUGAAUCAAGGAUUCAUGAAGGCUGUGAAGAACCUGCGACUCAUAAUGCCUUGGCCAAAAUCUACAUUGACAGUAACAAUAAUCCGGAGCGCUUCCUUCGUGAGAAUCCUUACUAUGACAGCCGUGUAGUUGGCAAAUACUGUGAAAAGAGAGACCCUCAUCUGGCCUGCGUUGCUUAUGAGAGGGGACAGUGUGAUCUGGAACUCAUAAAGGUCUGCAAUGAGAACUCACUGUUUAAAAGUGAGGCUCGCUAUCUGGUACGCAGGAAGGACCCUGAGCUCUGGGCAAAUGUUCUGGAAGAAAACAACCCAUUCAGGCGGCAGCUUAUUGACCAGGUUGUCCAAACAGCUUUAUCAGAGACACAGGAUCCAGAGGAGGUUUCUGUAACUGUGAAGGCUUUCAUGACUGCUGACCUGCCUAAUGAAUUGAUUGAGCUACUGGAAAAAAUUGUCUUGGAUAAUUCCGUAUUCAGUGAACACAGGAAUCUCCAGAAUUUGCUGAUCUUGACUGCCAUUAAGGCUGACCGCACUCGUGUGAUGGAAUACAUCAAUCGGCUGGAUAACUAUGAUGCCCCAGAUAUUGCAAACAUUGCCAUCAGUAAUGAGCUAUAUGAAGAAGCCUUCGCUAUAUUCAGAAAAUUUGAUGUUAAUACUUCAGCAGUUCAGGUGCUGAUUGAGCACAUUGGCAACUUAGACCGUGCUUAUGAAUUUGCAGAGAGAUGUAACGAACCAGCAGUAUGGAGCCAGCUUGCCAGAGCACAGCUCCAGAAGGACUUGGUGAAAGAAGCCAUUGACUCCUAUAUAAAGGCAGAUGAUCCAUCUGCCUACAUGGAAGUUGUUCAAGCAGCUAAUAGAAAUGAUAACUGGGAGGACCUAGUCAAGUUCUUACAGAUGGCCAGGAAGAAAGCUAGAGAGUCUUAUGUAGAGACAGAACUUAUUUUUGCUUUGGCAAAAACUAAUCGUCUGUCAGAGCUGGAGGAGUUUAUUAGUGGCCCUAAUAAUGCCCAUAUACAACAGGUUGGUGAUCGCUGUUAUGAAGAGGGGAUGUAUGAAGCAGCAAAGCUACUUUAUAACAACGUAUCCAACUUUGCUCGCCUGGCAUCUACCUUGGUGCACCUUGGAGAGUAUCAGGCAGCGGUGGACAGUGGCCGCAAAGCCAACAGCACAAGGACUUGGAAGGAGGUCUGCUUCGCCUGUGUGGAUGGAAAGGAAUUCCGCUUGGCACAGAUCUGUGGUUUACACAUAGUCAUCCAUGCUGAUGAACUUGAAGAGCUGAUCAGUUACUAUCAGGAUCGUGGCUACUUUGAAGAACUGAUUGCCCUUUUGGAAGCUGCUUUGGGCCUAGAGCGUGCUCACAUGGGAAUGUUUACUGAACUUGCCAUCUUAUACUCCAAAUUCAAGCCUCAGAAAAUGAGGGAGCAUCUGGAGCUCUUCUGGUCUAGAGUUAAUAUUCCAAAGGUACUCAGAGCUGCAGAACAGGCUCAUCUCUGGGCAGAACUUGUAUUUCUCUAUGACAAGUAUGAGGAGUAUGAUAAUGCAAUAAUUACUAUGAUGAAUCAUCCCACUGAUGCCUGGAAAGAAGGGCAGUUUAAAGACAUAAUUGCCAAGGUGGCCAAUGUGGAGCUGUACUACAAAGCCUUGCAGUUCUACUUGGACUACAAACCUCUGCUGAUCAAUGAUCUCCUGCUUGUAUUAUCUCCACGACUGGAUCACACCAGGACAGUCAAUUUUUUCUCAAAGGUUAAUCAGCUCCUUCUAGUAAAGCCUUAUCUGCGUUCAGUCCAGAACCACAACAACAAAGGAGUUAAUGAAGCACUAAACAACCUCUUAACAGAGGAGGAAGAUUACCAGGGUUUGAGAGCUUCCAUUGAUGCCUAUGACAACUUUGAUAACAUAACAUUGGCUCAGCGUCUGGAAAAGCACGAACUAAUUGAAUUUAGGCGUAUUGCAGCAUACUUGUAUAAGGGUAACAACCGCUGGAAACAGAGUGUGGAGCUGUGCAAGAAAGACCGUCUAUAUAAGGAUGCUAUGCAGUAUGCUGCAGAGUCCAAAGAUGCUGAGCUGGCUGAGAAGCUGCUUCAGUGGUUCCUGGAAGAAGGCAAGCAGGAGUGCUUUGCAGCCUGCCUUUUCACAUGUUACGACUUGCUGCACCCAGAUGUAGUCCUUGAGUUGGCAUGGAGGCAUAACAUCAUGGACUUUGCAAUGCCUUAUUUCAUCCAAGUGAUGAGAGAGUACCUUACCAAAGUUGAUGGGCUGUUCUAUAAGGUGACACUCUGAUUUCAAACUCUUUGUGUUCACUUGUGUCCCUCGAUAUCCUAGGUUUCUUUUACAGGAAUCUAGCUGUAGCUUCUGCCAGAAGAGCAGUGUAAUUUAGCUCUAACUCAUUUCCUGUUCACUUUCUAAUGCUAAAAGGGUAACUAUUCACAAGCAACUUGAAAAUCCAACCAGACUCUGCUCCUCAUCAUGGGAAACAGAAGCAAGUGAUUGAGCAGGUCUUGAGUAUUUAGACCUUGGUUCACUGUAUUACAGAUAUAUUGUGGCAGGGAUGAUGCUGUUCAUGAGUAAACAAAAGCAGUUGCCGUGUAACAGGAUGUGGUUUACGUGCAAAUUGCUUGUUAUGCUGUAAAUUACUGAAGAGUGCAAUCUUUCAGGCAUGGUGAGUUUACAGAAGCUUUAAUGCUGCUAUUCAAACCUUUUGCCUGUUAAAUAUCAUGAAAGUACUUGCACAGAUCUUGAACACUGCUGCCUCCUUAUAUUCUACCGAGGAGAAACUUGCCACACAAGUUCACCCAAACUCUUCCAUGUGAGGUUUAGGUCUAAAAUAAUGCUUUUUAAACUGCUGGUUGGAUUUACAAGUAAUUACAUGUACUAAAUACGGGAUAACUUGCCAGAAGGAAAAUCUGCAUGGUGAAAGUGGUUUACAGUGGAACUAAUUUAGUCUGUUGAAUUAACUGCAAAACAUGGAAUUAGAAUGGGCCUUCAGUGUGGUAUGUCUAAAAUCGUCACGUAACUAACUUCAAAAGUACAAAAUAAUAGACUAGUUUACCAGCAGGGUGUAUAUGUCUUCCAGAACUUACCUUUCUUUUAUGCAUAAAAACGUGCUAAAGCACAGAACGGCCUAUGUCCCAGAAGGGACCAGGCUCACAAAGUAUGAUGAUGCUCAUUUGGAAACCUUUUGAACAACUUCAGUUAUAGGCAGCAAAGCAGAUAGCUGUUUAGGCUUUCCUGGAGAGCUGCUCUUGUCCCUUAUUCAGGAUGUUUGCUCUCGGCAUGCUUGCUGUCCCUCCAACAGAGGGAGUAACUACACUGCUGUUCAGAGUUCCUUAAUGCUUUAGGGGCAGUAAAGAGGAAAGUCUAAUCCAAGAGAGAGUGGGAAUCCCAGGUUGUAAGUAGAGCAAUACAACUCGUUUGAAACUGAUAGCUCUCAAUUGCUUUGAUCUAUGGUAAUAUGGAUAGCAUUUGUAGCACCAAUAUUUAGAGUGUUACCCUGAAGAGCUCUUCAGCUGACAGAACUGGUUACAGACCUACUGCCACUCAAGUUAGUAAUUUGAGUUGCAAACUUCAAAAAUUCCAGUAAACUGUUAAACACCAGAUCUAGAUAACAUCUCUGAAGUAUAAUAGAGACCUCUAUUGCAGCACUUCUCAGACCAGAUAUGAUUGUUGCAGUGGGAGAAGAUGAGUAGUGGAAAUACAGCAUUAGGCUAAACGUAGAUUUGCCCAGGAUGUUAGUACUGCCUGUAUCUGGAUGUGAAGCUGUGUGGGGUUGUUGUUUUAAUGCCUUGCAGUCUUCAGUGUCAACAGAUCUCUCAUUGAAGAUAUAACUUGUUAAACCUGAGAGAAGGAAGGUACUGUUGCCUUCUCAGAUUAUGCACCACCCCCCCACCCCCCCAAUUUGAAUUUGUGUUCAGGGCUCCUGCAUUACUCUAGCACUUCCACAAAUGUGUUUAACAUGAACAGAGCUUCACUUGACAGCACUGGGAUCUAUAUAAAGCUGAUACUAUAGACCACUUUCCAUGAUGGUUCUAGAGUUUCCUCUAGAAGUUUAUGUGAAUACUAAUAUAGUUAAACCAGCACUCUGCAGCCCAGGUUAGGCUGUAGUCCUAGAUAAUAUCAGACUUAGUGAGUCUAGAAUAUUUCCAUGUAUCUGGGUGCUCUCAUUGAAGGGGAGAGGAUUUGCAGGUUAAUACAUAAGUAUAGGUUAGGCUGGGCCCAUUUGAAGUGAUACUUCGACCUGCAAUCUGAUGGGCUUGUUUUCUGGGUCAUAGAGUUAACAGUGACUAGAAUAGGGCCCCAAAAAGUGCUUUGCUUGAAGGUAAUGAUGGUCUCAGUUGCAUUUGACAGCUACUGUUUAUUGCAAUAAAUCUAAAGCAGCUGGGAGGGCAGGUUUACAACAUUGCUUGCUGGGAACACGCAGACAUCUGUUGUCUCCAACUUGCAUUAGUAAAAGGAGCACUUGACAGCUAAGGUACCAGGCAUGAAAAGCUUCACACGAUGGUGCAGUUCCUAGAAAAGGCCUUCAUA